UUUGAGCAUGGAGCUGCCUCGAGCAAGCGAGUGAAUGAGCGCACUGCCUCUCUCCCAUGGUGCGUUGGCCAGGCCUGAGGCCCUGCCUGACUGCCAUCCUUAACCCUGCAGGUGCCUCCAGCAUGGCAGCAGCCGAAGUACCCAGCUACCUUGUGUCUCCUCAGACGGAGAAGCACCGGCGGGCCCGCAACUGGACAGAUGCAGAGAUGCGUGGCCUCAUGCUGGUCUGGGAGGAGUUCUUCGAUGAGCUCAAGCAGACCAAGCGCAAUGCCAAGGUGUACGAGAAGAUGGCCAGCAAACUCUUCGAGAUGACCGGAGAGCGCCGACUAGGCGAGGAGAUCAAGAUCAAAAUCACCAACAUGACCUUCCAGUACAGGAAAUUAAAAUGCAUGACAGAUAGCGAGUCCGUCCCGCCGGACUGGCCCUAUUACCUAGCCAUUGAUAGGAUUCUGGCCAAGGUCCCUGAGUCCUGUGAGGGCAAACUGCCGGAUGGCCAGCAGCCGGGGCCCUCCACGUCCCAGACCGAGGCGUCCCUGUCACCGUCUGCUAAGUCCACCCCUCUGUACUUACCGUAUACCCAGUGCUCCUAUGAAGGCCGCUUCGAGGACGAUCGCUCCGACAGCUCCUCCAGCUUACUGUCCCUUAAGUUCAGGUCAGAGGAACGUCCUGUGAAGAAGCGCAAGGUCCGGAGCUGUCACCUACAGAAAAAGAAGCUGCGGCUGCUGGAGGCCAUGCUGGAGGAACAGCGCCGGCUGAGCCGUGCCAUGGAGGAGACAUGCCGAGAGGUGCGCCGUGUGCUGGACCAGCAGAACAUCCUGCAGGUUCAGAGUCUGCAGCUUCAGGAGCGCAUGAUGAGCUUGCUGGAGAAGAUCAUCGCCAAGUCCAACGUCUAGGCCAUGGAGAGGAUGCCAGGUGCCACACAGUCCUGUCUGGAGGCCCACCCAGGCUCAGGGCCCUGCCCACCUGGCAGGAUUCCGGAAAGGGGACAGACUUCAAUCUGGCCUCUGCUUCUCUGAAGGGCUUUCCUCCCCAGUGGC